UUACUACAUCUAGAUAAACAGUGUGGCCAAGCCUGUGGCUCUCUCUGCAAGCUCCACUCUCAGCUCACUUCUUGGAGGUUCUCACACUUCAUGCUGCAGUCAGGAGCUCGGCAGAGUCCAGCAUGAUUCUUCUUACCGUGCUGUUCCUUUGCAUCAUUUCCACCUACUCAGCCUCUGUGAAAGGGCACACUACUGGGCCAAGCCUAAAUAAUGACAAGCUAUAUAAGUUUGCUUACUCGGCUGAAGUCUAUGUUGAUCGGGUGAAAGCAUCCCUGCAGAAAAGUGCAGGAUAUCGGAUUUCUUCUGGUGUGGAUGUCAACCUCUUAUGGAGAAAUCCUGACAAUGAUGAUGACCAGCUGGUCAAAAUUACGAUGAAAGAUGUUCAGGUUGAAAAUGUGAAUGAACGUCCAGCUGAUAAAAACGUCUUCAAAGGAAAAAGCACAGAGAAGAUCAUCGGGAAAGACUAUCUGGAGGCUUUACAGAGGCCCAUAAUGGUUGAGCUAGUCCGUGGAAAAAUCCAAACCUUCUACUCAUAUCAAAAUGAACCUGGUUUUACUCAGAACAUUAAGAGAGGUCUGGCUAGUCUUUUCCAGCUACAGCUGCACUCUGGUUCUUCCCGUGAGGUGGACAUUUCUGGGAAAUGUGAUACUACUUACCAUGUGCGGCAAGAUCAAGUGACUAAAGUAAAAGACCUGGACUCCUGUGAAAUAGAAAGGAAAAGAUUUACCAGCCACAACCGGAUCUUGGAUGUCAGUACAAAAGCUACAUCAGCUACAGUUUAUGUGCUGGAAGACAGUUUCAUUAAAUCCAUUAAGGCAGAAGAAAAUUUCGUUUUUGCUCUGAAUUACCGAAGAAAAACAGGUGCCAAAAUAGUUUCAAAGCAGAGGCUGGAGCUGAAGUCAGUUCAAGCUGGGAUGGGACUGAUUGCUGCAAAGCAAGUCGCUGGUGUGAUCAAGACCUUGGACCCCAAUUAUGUUGCCAUGCCCCUGGAAGCAGAGCCAGUGAAGUCUGAAUGCAAAAAGUGCCCUUCACUUUCUGAGCACUGGAAGAGCAUCAGAGAAAAAAUGCAUCCUGACAAACUUUCCAAACCUGAUGCUGCAAAAAGCUUUUUGUCCUUCAUUCAGAACAUCAGAAAAGCUACGAAGGAGGAGAUACUGAAAGUUAUUAAAAGUGAAAAUAAAGAUUUUCUUCCACAGGUAGUGGAUGCUGUAACGUCGGCUCAGACCCCAGAAUCACUGGAGGCUGUACUGGAGUUUCUUGACUUUAAGGAUGCAAGCACUUUUAUCCUGCAGGAGCGGUUCCUGUAUGCCUGUGGAUUUGCUUCUCACCCCAGUGAAACGCUCCUGAAAUCAUUAACUGAGAAGUUCAAGGGGGAAGUCGCCAGUCAAGAAAUCAGAGAAACUCUUGUCAUUGUCAUGGGAGCACUCAUUAGAAAGCUGUGUGACAGGGAUGGCUGCAAGCUGCCAGCUGUUGUAGAAGCCAAAAGGUUGAUUCUGAAUAGACUGGAGAAGGCCAACAAAGACGACAAUGUGCAGAUGUACCUGCUGGCACUGAAGAACGCACUCCUUCCCGAAGCAAUUCCAGUGCUCCUGAAGUACGCUGAGUCAGGUGAAGGACCCGUCAGCAGCCUUGCUGCCACUGCCUUGCAGAGAUACGAUCCUUCUUUUCUCACCAAAGAGGUGAAGGAAACAAUGAACAGGAUAUAUCACCAGACUCGCAAAAUCCACGAAAAGACAGUGAGAACCACAGCAGCUGCCAUCAUCUUAAACAGUAACCCAUCCUACAUGGAAGUGAAAAACAUCCUGCUCUCCAUUGGGGAACUGCCAAUGGAAAUGAACAAGUACAUGCUCUCCAUGAUCCAAGAUAUACUGCGCUUUGAAAUGCCUUCCAGCAAAACAGUUCGGAAAGUUCUGAAGGACAUGCGUGCCCAUAACUACGAUCGCUUCUCCAAGAUGGGCUCUUCCUCUGCCUACACCGGAUAUAUCACACGUGGUCCUGAUGUGUCAUCCACAUACAGCCUCGACAUCCUUUACUCCGGCUCUGGCAUUUUACGGAGAAGUAACAUGAACAUCCGUGUUUUCGACAGAAGCACUGACCUUCAUGCCAUCCAGGUGGUUCUCGAAGCUCAGGGUCUGGAGUCCAUUAUAGCUGCAACUCCUGAUGAAGGAGAGGAAAACCUGGACUCCUUUGCUGGCAUGUCUGCCAUUCUGUUUGGUUUCCAGCUCAGGCCAGUGACAUUUUUCCAAGGGUAUGGUGAUUUAAUGUCUAAAAUGCUCUCGGCAACUGGAGAUCCCAUGAAUGUGGUGAAAGGACUUGUCCUCCUCACAGAUUUCUUACAGGAAAUCCAGCUGCAGUCUGGGCCCACAGCCAGUGCAGAGUUCCUGGGUGGGCUGGCCAUCGACAUCUCCGGAGGGAUGGAGUUCAGCCUGUGGUACCGGGAAUCCAAAACCAACGUCAAGAACCGGGUAGCCAUAUUUGUAGCUGGUAACACUGAGGUGGAUUCCUUCUUUGUAAAAACUGGUAUGGAUACCACUUUGGAAACAGAAACAUCUUUAGACUUCAUCUCUACAGUGCAGUUUUCACAGUACCCAUUUUUGGUCUGUAUGCAGAUGGAUAGAGUGGACUCUCCAUUCAGGACUCACAUGACCAAGUACGAGAGCCUGCCCUCCGGCAGGCGCUACACGGCCCGCAGGGGGAAGGCAGCCACGCUGGCCGGGAAUGAAUACCCCCUGCACCAAGAAAACUCCAACAUGUGCAAGAAAGUGUUCGGCGCAAAGUCGGACUCUGCUGGCAGCUGGUUUUGAAAGCAGCACCCGGGCUCCUGCUUUCCUGCAUCCCUCAAUGACUUCGGCCUGCACACACCUUACCAGCGUGGAGCUUGACCCUGCGCUGCUGCAUUAAUGGGAAAUUUGCCAUUGAUUUCAACGGGCCAGGAUCAAACUCUCAGUGUGUGCACAGUGUUUACAUAUUAACCUAUAUUUAAAACUUUUGUAAAAAAAAAAAAAAGCCCUAAGGCAAAUAAAGACCAAUUUGGUAGCUUUUCAUGCACUCCCGUAAGGGUGGUGCUUGUUCUUCAUUUUUACUUUUUUUGUGCCAAAAGCAAAAGUAAUCUUCCUUUUUUUUUUUUUUUUUUUUUUCCUUGGGGAAUACAGAAGUCUGGUUUUGAUGUGUGGAAAGAACAACUAUGAUGUAUAAAGAAUGAUUAUUUAUAAAUGUAUUUUAAAGUAUUUAGGUGUUUUAGGCCUAUGACCGAUCCCUGUUCAAAUACUCAAGUACAAUUAACAUCCAGAUAGGACCAGGAAUUCCUGCUUACUCAGUAUUGCCUGUUUACAAAAAAAGCAGGUUUUAUUUUACAUGAUUUUAAAGGAUUUUGUGGGGGUUUUUUAAGCAGGCAGAAUUUGAUUAUUAUUAUUUAUCUUUUGGGUUUUUUUUUUUUUAUUAACUGCUGUAGUUAAAUACAAAUGAUUAACAGUGUGGGGUUAUGUUUCCAGAAGGAACUUACAGUUGCCUUAAUUCUGUUCUCAUUAAAAUCAAUGGUGUAAUUUCUGUAGCUACCAGAAGCAGGAGCAGAGUUAAGUCAAUACUGGCAGCUCAUCAAGGUUGCCUCCUAAAAAUUUGUCUCCCUGUGUGUAAUCAAGGCAGGUGCAUUUCAAAAAAAUGAGGCAAAAUACACUAAGGCAAUUCUGAACUAUGAAGAAGGAAAGGAUCUUGAAAGAAAUAGAUUUUGGAUGCACAGUCUAGCAAAGCCUGUGCUGAGCCAGAACAUUUUAUUCUAGGUAAGUUAGAUUUGUAUUUCAAUGCAAAAAAUAAUCACUGCUCAGGCAAGUCCUCUGAUUAUAAUUGCUUAGACACUUCAAGCAGUGUCUUCAUAGGAUCUGUGAAAAAAAUUUUAAAAAAGUUUUACAUCAGCAUUGCAGAUUAAAAAAGAAUAUACCCCAUCCCAGCUCAGCUGAUCUCUGAUCCAUCUGAUUUAAUUUUUAUAGGACAAGGUGGGCAAGUGCUGUUCACAAAAAAAAGGUAAAAUAAAAAGCCAAGAAGAACUGUUUAUUUUUUAAAAACCCAAACCCAAAAGCAGACAGGAAAAACUCAUAAAUUGUCAUGAAAAAAAAUUCAUUACAAGAUUAAGAGAAAAAUCCAAACUCUUUUGUGUUGUAAAAAAACAUGAGUGGAGAAAUCUGCAAAAAAUCAAACUGUCAGUGGGAUGAAAUGGUCUGCUUGUUGUCUUUCCUGAAAAUGCUGGCACAUUUCUAGUCAAAGCCUAAAUAAAACAGGUAAAAAAAUA